AUGACGAAAGCUCCUGAAAUUGAAGGUACUUAUUUACCUUCACCAUCAUAUCAAUCAACAAUGCUUAACAUUCCGAAUCCUCUUGCACAACAAGAAUAUCGUGAAUCACGUCCAACAGUGGAAAAUUGGUUGAGAACAAAGAUAAGAAAUCCAAAACCCAAGAUUAAAAAUUAUUUUAUUUCAUUUUUUCCUUUUUUAACUUGGAUUUAUCGAUAUAAUUUAACUUGGUUUUGGGGUGAUCUUAUUGCCGGUCUAACAGUAGGUGCUAUUGUCAUACCACAAAGUAUGGCUUAUGCAGGAUUAGCUAAAUUAGCACCACAAUUUGGUUUAUAUAGUUCAUUUGUUGGUGUAAUGAUAUAUUGGUUUUUUGCAACGAGUAAAGAUGUUAGCAUUGGACCUGUUGCUGUUUUAUCAGCAUUAACAGGAACUGUUCUUGAUGAUAUUCAUAAAAUGUAUCCUGAAUUAGAAUUACAUGUAAUCGCUUCUGCUCUUGCUGUUCUAUCUGGAUGUGUUGUUUGUUUAUUGGGAAUACUUCGACUUGGUUUUAUUGUUGAUUUUAUUCCAUUACCAUCACUAGCUGCAUUUAUGACAGGUUCAGCAUUAAAUAUAGCUAUGGGACAAAUUCCAACAUUGAUGGGUAAUAAUAAAUUAUUUGAUACACGUCAAUCAACUUAUCUUGUAUUUAUUAAUUUUUGGAAAUAUAUUAAAUAUUGUAAUUUAAAUGCUGCACUUGGUUUAACAGCAUUAUUUCUUCUUUAUUUUGUUCGUUUUGUUUGUACACGAGCAGCUCAACGUUAUCCAACUCGUGCAAAAAUGUUUUUCUUUAUUAAUACACUUCGCACUGCUUUUGUUAUUCUUCUCUAUUUAUUAAUUUCAUUCUUAAUUAAUCGUGAACAUAAAUCUAAACCACGUACAUCUCUUCUUGGAGCUGUUCCAAGAGGUUUUCAAAAUAUGGGUGUACCACAUAUUGAUAAAAAACUAGCUUCAGCAUUAUUAGAAUAUUUGCCAUCGACUGUUAUUGUUCUACUUAUAGAACAUAUUGCUAUUGCAAAAUCAUUUGGUCGAAUCAAUAAUUAUAUUGUUGAUCCUAAUCAAGAAAUGAUUGCUAUUGGUGUAACAAAUAUGUUUGGUCCUUUUUUUGGUGCUUAUCCAGCAACUGGUUCAUUUUCUCGGACAGCAAUUAAAUCAAAAGCUGGUGUUCGAACACCAUUAGCUGGUCUUUUUAGUGGUAUGGUUAUUAUUCUUGCUAUUUAUGCUUUAACACCAGUAUUCUAUUGGGUUUCACAAGCUAGUUUAGCUGCAGUUAUUAUUCAUGCUGUUGGAGAUUUGAUUAUUGAACCAAGUACAUUAAAACAAUUUUGGCAAGUUAGUCCUAUAGAAUUUUUAAUUUUUUGGGCUGCUGUUAUUGUGACAAUAUUUUCCAAUAUUGAAGAUGGUAUUUAUGUUAGUAUUGCUUCAUCAGGUGCACUUUUACUUUAUCGUAUUGCUAAAGCACGUGGACAAUUUGUUGGUCGUGUACAAAUUCAUCAAAUUAUAUUAACAGCUGACAAUCAAAUUCGUUCAGCUAUACGAAAUAUUUAUGUUCCACUUGAUCGUUCAGAUGGUACAAAUCCAAGAGUUAUUCCAAUUUCACCUGGAAAUGGAAUAUUUAUCUAUCGUAUACAUGAAGGUUUUCUAUAUCCAAAUGCUGCUCAUUAUACUGAAAAAAUGGUUAAUCAAAUAUUUAGUGAAACUAGAGCUGGAAAUGCUAGUCCUUAUACUAAUCUUGGACAACAACCAUGGAAUUUACAAACUAGUCGUCAUCCAGAAAAAGAUAAUCAUUUAGAUGAUAAUCGUCCUCGAUUACAUGCACUUAUUUUAGAUUUUACUGGUGUUCCACAUUUGGAUAUAACAGGUUUACAAAAUCUUGUUGAUGUUCGUCGACAAUUAGAUGUUUAUGCUGAUUGGAAAGUUAGUUGGCAUUUCGUUGGUUUAUCUAAUGUAUGGAUAAAACGUGCACUUAUUUCAGCUGGAUUUGGAUCAUCAGAUCAAGGUCGAACAGUUUUCUCGGUAACACAAGCACCUAACGACGUUGAUCAUGAGAACACCCGUGAAGAAAAUACUAUGAUACUUGAAAAUAUGCAGUCAAAUAAUAAUGCAUCAGGUACGAAUCCAGUAUUAAUACCAAUACUUGAUAUUGAUCGGCCAUUAUUUCAUGCUGAUCUCGAUGAAGCUUACGAAGCAGCUGUUGCUAGUCUAUCUGUACGGCAAACGUCAGCUGAUUUAACUACAUCUACAACUACAUCUACAACUGCAUCUUAA